AUGGCUCUCCUCAAUCCGACCUUCGUGUUCGGUCUAAUCGUGCUGCUCUAUUUGUCGUCCUUCGUCCUCCUUGCGGUCCUUCGAAUUCUCACGGGAAUAUCCAUCCAGCGAAUCGGCUACUUCUCCCUGCGACGCCUGGCAUACACCCCUCGAGAUGGAUGCAGGAUUGAGAUUCGAGGGCUCGGACUCAACGUCCAUCGCCCGACAUUCGCCCAGCCGACAUGGGUGAGCCUGGUCCUGAGUGAGCUCAUCGUCACACUGGACAUCCGAGAGCUGGAAGGAAACAAGCCUGCCGAAUCAGAUGGCGAAUCGAGCGAUACGGAUACGGACAAGAAUAAGACAGGCGACGCCAAAUCUAAUCCUAUACCCCGAUCACGAUCCUCCCGACAGGGCGCGCACACAAUCAUUCGAAGCGAGACAUGGAAGAAGCUUACCAACGUCAAGGAGAAGAUCAAAAGGCUCCACAAGAACAUCAACUGGCUCAGGCUAAUCGAUGUGGUCGCUACCAACUCCAUUAUCAAUAUUGUGGAUGUCGGCAACAUCCAGGUUGGAAGCUUCACGGUGUCCGUCGACACCCGGCCCAAGAUGGUCGAUCGUGCGCGGUUCUUUGUCCAAGGAAAGCAUUCACCAAGCAAGGAUCGACAGGCCGAGUGGACAAUGACCGUGCGGAGUGUCCUGUUCACGGCCGAUGGAAACGAAUCGAUGGAAUUGCUGGACCACCUAUUCCUUAACAUCCACGGAUUCUUGUACAAGUCAAGGGAAGGAUUGCGAGAUGCCGCAGUAUCUUUGAAGCUUGGGCGACUUCACAUCCCCCUUGACGACAUGCAAACCUGCCUCACCAAACUGAAACAAUGUCGCAAGGACCCGAAGUCUACGGGCGUGGAUGAACCCAUUGACAUUUUCCUAGGAAAAGUGGUACAAGAGGUGGAUGAACCAGGUAGCACGAAUGCGGACUUGAUGAGGACUGUGUCCGAUUCCAAGGAGUUCUUCAGCUCCAUCUUGCGAGGCAUAAAGGAAGUUCAAUUGGCAGUCAGUUUCCUAGGCCUGACGUCCAAGGUCCAGCCUGUCAAAGCUGGAGCCAAUCCCAUAUUGCUGAAUGCUGCAAUGAAAGAGGUCGGUAUUGAUCUUCACCGACUUGAUCCCAAGUCCCCUGCCCACAGGAUGUACUUCCCCCCCGAGGCAAUUGCGCACGAGGCGUUGGGCGCCGCUCUCUCAAUUUCCGUUGGCCUAGAUGACGGCAACGGUCAGUCUGAUCGUCUCAUUUAUAUCCCGAUGGCCACGACAACGGUCAAGACAACACUGCUGUCCAAAACUGUGGAGGUCUUGCAAGGCGGCAAGGCCGAAGAGAGGAACGCAAACAUCAUGUUUGCCAACUCUGUCGUCACCUCGCCCUCAGUCGACCUCGACCCCCGCCACAUCCCCCUCCUCCUUGCUCUCAUGAAGUCGAAACCAAAAGCUCAAAAAGCACAAACCAACAACCGCCAUUUAAUCUCACGCCUCCUACCCAAGGCAAACAUCAAGUUCUCCAUGCAUGAGCCAGUCGUGCGCAUCAAACUCAAGCCAUUGCAGAAGACGGAGGACCCAGACGACUUUGACCUCAUCAUCUCAUCUAUUUCAUCAAUUUCCAUCGACAUGGAAUCCUCCCAUUCUAUCAUUGAGGACCUUCACUACUCCCUGGAUGGCGCAGUGCGCCUUCAAUCUCAUGAUCUUUACUACCAAACUAAUACGGGCGACCGAUUUAAUCUCAUUACUACCGAGUCAUUUGAUAUGAAAGUGCAUCUUGGCGCAAGGCCCGAUGUCUAUGUCGAAAUGACAGGAAACAUCCAGUCCGCCGCUAUCAGCAUGGUCAGACCUGAAAUCACAGAUGGCCUCCGUCAAAUUGUCCGAGAGUUACGAUUCGACGUGGAACCGGAGAAGGGCCCGGCUGUUAAAGCCUCAAGGGGCCAUAAUUUCCUUCGCUCAGCGCCGAGCUGGCUUCUCCGCUACCAGAUGGACAUAACUGACUUCAGUGUCGAGAUUGCCGGGAUUGACGAAGACAUUUCGGACGACACACGCGGAAUAUUCCUACACUGGGACCAUGCAUCUGCUGAGUACCGCGCUCAUCGAUUUGAUGGUUUGCAGAGACGGGUGUCUCGAAGACGCGCCAAUAGCCGAUCCAUGACGCAGUCUGACUCUGACUUCACGCCUCCGUCUGGCUCCCCCCGACCCAAAAAGAAGCCGCAAAACAUUGGAGAUGGUCGCCGACUUACCUUACACGCCCGAGGAAUUGAGGCACAAAUCAUGGACGCUAUUGACAGGCUGGAACCAGAGCCCUUCUUUAGCAUCCCCCGUCUCGAGCUGUUGCUAUCUGCGGCAAGCGAUGCUCAUGGGCCCACAUUCAACAUUCAAGUGACGGUGCGGACCAUUCUUGCCCAGUACUCCCUAUAUCGACACUAUGCUGUUGGAGUAGCUGUCAUGACCCUGCGGAAGGCUUUUAUGCAGACAGGACGUGACCUUUCACGACGCAGGCAUGACAGCAACCCGAAGGACCUAUCACCGCCUUCCAGUCGUCUAGCACCCCCAGGCUCUCCCCAAGAUGACGGCGGUUCGCGGUCUACAAACACCCCAGAGAUGGUUACUUUCGAUUUCAAGGCGGCCCUGGUGCAGCUGAAGGCUGAGAUGCCACACGACCCGGCCAUGAUGCUACACAUGUAUGGCCUGGAGAUGGGUCGGCAGAGAUGGUCUACUCCCUACAUUGCGGCAAAACUUGUUCGACUAUACACUGAACCCCCGCGAAUGCGGAAUGUCUGGGCUAGAGUAGUCAGCAUCAAGACGGGCCGCCUUGAUUUCCGCGAGUCUAGACGGAAGUCACCACAAGGCGCUGUCAUCGAAGAGAAGAUGAUUGAUAUUGUGACGGAGGCUGUCCGAAUUGGGAUUCCGCACGAGGUCAUCCUCAGUCGCAUCAGUGACAACAUCAUCAACGUCAUUAAGGCAGUCCAGCAGCUGCACCAUCGCUUCAAGACAGGAACCAACGAAUACAUUCUCGAAAAGAAGCCUGAAGGCCCCAAGACGGUGCCAAAGGUUUCUGUCAGAACUCGGAAUUUCCUCUUUGAGCUGGAAGACGGCGCCUUCGAGUGGAAACUCGGCAUGAUCUAUCGAACCGGCCUUGUCGAGCAAGUGCAGCGAAUUGCUCGAGAGGAGGCCUUCCGGGUCAAGCUGAAGAGAGUUCGCGAGGACGAGAUCCGGAGAGGAAAUAGCAAGAUGCGAUCACGAUCGACUUUCCCACGAGGAAGAGCCGAUGCGCCUUCUACGUCCUCAGUCCGCAGUCGAAGCCUGGAUGGGAUGAGCGGGACAAACGGCCACAAUGGCACACACCGCGGAAGGGUUCCUAGAUACGACCCUGAAUCGGAGAACUUUGCGGUCAACGGAUACUCCAAGGUUUCCGAGCACGCUGCUCGGUACCACUUGGAUGUGUUCAAUGGCCAGAGCUGGAAGAAGCGCAUCGAAAAGGCUUACCAGUUGUGUCAGAAGAACGUCAAGGAGGCUCGAAGCCAGUUUUGGGGCCCCAGCCAACUUCCGGACGAUUUCGAAGAAGCCGAGCAUCUCCUCGAGGUCCCCCCACGACCGGCAUUGAUGUCUACACUAAUAAAUGAUCUGCAUUUUACCCUCGAUAAACCAACUUUCCCGAUGAAGGACCUCCCGGACUUUGUGCAUAAGAUCGGAAAGGGGAUGCCUAGGGAUAUGCAGUAUAGUCUGCUUGUGCCAAUGCAUGUUGGCAUCGAGAUGGGUGAAGCCAAGGUCACACUGCGCGACUACCCGUUGCCGUUCUUGCACAUUCCUCCCAUGAAGUACGGGCAGUCUCCGAAGCUUCAGUCUGUGUCACUGAAGUCGAACUUCGUCAUUGGUGAAGAAUUCCGAGGAGUUGAGUCGACUCGCCGAGUUCGGGUCAACGUCAUCCCUCCUAGGAACGCAUCGGGCGAGGGUAGCUUUGCAAUCGAGGUCCGUCGUACAAUCGGCCCUGUCAAAUCAUACUCCGAUGUGUACAUGGACGUCAACACUGCUCUGCCGACCCGCUUCACUUGGGGUCCCUGCUACCAGCCAGCUGUCCAGGAUAUGAUGAUGGUCAUCGAAUCCUUCACGAAGCCUCAAUUCGAUCCAUCUGAGAGGGUUGGCUUCUGGGACAAGCUCCGACUCAACUUCCAUUCCAAGAUACACGCAGCUUGGAAGGGUGACGGCGACGUGCACCUUGCGCUAAAGGGCACUCGCGAUCCAUACCAGGUCACAGGAAAUGGCGCAGGCUUCCUCAUGUGUUGGCGCAAUGAUGUCAAGUGGAACGUCAACGCAGAUGACGAUCCGAAGCGAUUCAUCGCUGUUGAAAGUAGCGAGUAUGUUCUUGCGAUUCCGGACUACAGCCACGAAGUCCGGGAAGCAGCGCGACAGCAGAAUGAGCUUGAGAGGCAUACACCCGAAGACAAGUUCAAGUCCGAGGCCACGUUUAAGAAGGUCGUGAUGAAACUUUCGGGUAAAGUCCAGUUCCUACUUGGUCUCAUCUUUGAGCGUGCUAUCGAGGAUGGACUGCGCAGUUUCGAAUUCAGACCUCACUACGAUAUUGUUCUCAAGAACCCGCACUUUGCGAAAGACGAAGAUGGUCUUCCGUACGACGCCAUGCGUGGUUUCAGGAGUCGACAUAUUCAUUUGUCAAUCGCAGUCCGGGCCCCAGUUGACCGUGACUGGUUAUCCGAAAACCCAGAGCCAUCACGGAGCUACAACACAGUCCAUCUUACCCCUCGCUUCUUCACGCAUUUCUUCGCUUGGUGGGGCCUCUUCGGCCAGCCUUUGUCACUACCCAUUCGCCAAGGUACCCUCUUCCCAGGUCGUGAGAAGAACAGCAAGAAGUUUGGCCGACAUCUGGCGACUGUCAAGUAUAACCUUCUCCUGGCACCGCUGUUCCUGAGUCACAUCUACAAACACAAGGACGUGGAGGACUACUCUGAGAAUGCUGUUUCCGCCACUGGUGUCAAGGUCCGCUUUGACAGUUUCUCUUUGGAUCUGCAUCAAAGAAGAGAAGAAUUCAACACGCUUGGAAAGGGCGGAAACACUGAAACGGCUCGAACCUCUGGGAUCAAGAUCCACGCGGCCCAGUUGGAUCUAGUCAGCGCAGACAUCCGUGCCGUGUCGGCAAGUUUGAAGGGAACGACUACGGAGGCCAUCAAGAAGGGGUCCAUCGCAACCUUGAUGAGCGAUACAGAAGAUAAGCCAGAUUUGUCCCGUUUCACGAUCCCGGACAAUGACUUUAGCUGGAUUGAUAUGGAUGACUUUGUCGAGUUGGAUUGGAUUCUGCCAACCGAACCGCAUCCUGACACCAAGAUCCUGCCUCUCGUCUACGCUCCUCGAUUGACCUACUUCCGCCAAACUGACAUUGGCGGUGUCAUUGCUGGAGAUCCAAGUAGAACGAGUCCAUUUGGCAACGAACCCACACACUUUUGCAUCCUGAACCAUGACAACGACCCAAUUCGAGUCCAAGGCCAACUUAUCCAGGAGCGACUCGACCAACUUGGUGUCCAGAUACAAACGCAUGCUCGUAAUGUGGGCGAAGCGGAGUUGAAGGUUAUCAGGUCUGAUGGGAAAGACCCCGAGUUGGUGCAAGACUUUGAAGCAUUGCGGAAACAUACCGGCGUUUUGCGCGAGAAGAAGGAGUUCCUGGAAUCCCUGCUGAGCCAGACAGAGGCAAAACCAUCAUGGAGUAGCCAACGAAUGAGUGGAGACCGGAGGCGAUCUGUGGGCUCGAUUGGCAUUCAUGACGAGACUCUCCACAUCCCACCAAGCACGGAGUUCGAAAGCGAGUUCAACAACCGGUUCGUCAUCCACAAUAUGCAACUGAAGUGGAACAACUUGUUACGAAACAUUGUACUUCGCUACUUCCACCAGAACAGCCAACGACGUGGAUUCGUCUACUAUCUCUCACGCCCGGCCAUCAAGUUUAUUCUGGACAUUGUGGAGGAACAGAACAAAGCCAAGGAAGCCAAGGCCAAUAGCAAGCCCAAGUCAACACAUACUGGUCGUGGUGGCACCUCGUCAAAGGACCCAAGCAUCAACGAGAGCGAUUCCGCUCAAGAUAUUGAGGACCGAAUCAAGAAAAUCAUCGGCGACGGCCGGAAAUUUACGAGUGCCACUUGGAGUACCAACGCGGACAGCGUUAUGGAAGGGUCGAUUGAGGAUCUCGUGAACGGAAUUUCCGAAGAGUUCACUCCUCAAAGCAGCUACCACAUCCGAAUCAUCGCGCCGCAGAUCCAGCUGCAGAGCGACAAGAACAAGAAGCAUGUGGUGCUGGCUACCGCAAAGGGAAUGGAACUAAAGGUGAUGGAGGUCAUGGACAAGGAGAGAAUCUCCGAUGAUGUCAGUGGUCUCGUACAACGCCGGUUCUUGGUCAACAUGGACAGCAUCCAGUUCUUCGUCACCCAUCAGAAAUGGUUCCUCACCAACCUCCUAUCGAUGUACGUCGGAAGCAAGUAUGGAACGCCGAGCGGGUCAUCCUGGCCGCCUUGGGUUCCCAUCGAGGUUGUUUUCGACUUCCAGGCAGAUCCCUUCGGUUUCAAGCGCGUCGUGCAGAAGACUUCGGCCAUGAUCCGGUACGACAAGUACAAUACUUUACGUCUCAAGUACAAUGAUGAGGUCAACACCGAUGCAGCCAACGAGGCUUCUACAGAAAACGCAGAGACCCGACUGGACAACCUUUGGGUUGAGUUCCCUCAAGCCCGAGCACUCUGCAACUCGUCACAGUACUACGCUCUCUACGUCAUUGUGCUUGAUCUUCUCAUGUACAAUGAACCAUUGGAGAAGACAAGAAGCGAGCGACUGGAAAAGAUUAUUCUGGCGUCUGACUUUAGUGACCUGAGCGGAGCCCCGGCCAUGGUACAGAAGCUUCAGCAGCGAAUCAGGCAGAUGGAAGAGAUCAAGGAACACUUCCAAAUCUACUCCAAGUACCUCGACAAGAGGGGCUGGGAAGACCGUCUACGCCUGGAGCGAGACCUGGCUGCUUGUGAGGAUGAGUUAUUCUUCAUGAUGAAGGCUAUCACAACCUCGCAGAGAAAGUUGAACGUCAACUCGGACAGCACAGCCUUGGUGAGAUGGAACAUCUCGGUUCGAGAUAUCGUCUGGCACCUGAUGCAGGAUUCCAACGAGGCGCUCGUGGAGUUUCAAUUGAAGGACCUGGAGUACGAUCGCACUGACAACUCGGACGGCUCCCACGUCAACCUCAUCCGAGUGGGCAAAGUGCUGGGUCUGAAUCUGCUUCCGGAUGCUACGUACCCAGAGAUGGUCGCUCCUCACGCCGACCCUGAGCGAACUCUGGGCCCGGAAAGCGAGAAGGAAAUGAUUCGUGUCUACUGGUACAUGCUGGAGGCAAUUGCUGGAAUUACCGUCAUGGACCGCUUCGAGGUCAACGUUUUGCCUAUCAAGGUACAACUGGAGCGUGACGUGGGCAAGCGAUUGUUUGAAUACAUCUUCCCAGGUAUGGACGGGGACAGGGAGAAGAACGAUUCACCAUUUAUACUGAAGCAACUUGGCGAUGGAGAUGAGGAAGAUGGCGAUUCGUUGUCCAGCGCGAAUGGGCGCUCAGAUUCAACUUCGUUCGAGAAGGACUCGUCAUCUUUCUCAACCCGUCCUGGGUCGUUAGAACUCCGACUCCAUCCAACCUUGACCUCCAGCUCGAAGUCAGAGCGCUCCUCGAAGAAGGCUCUCAGCGUCAACACAGGCGAGGGCCAUUCGUUCCGCCUGUUCCGCACGCCAGGAACAUCCAGGACCCUACUGAAAAAGGCUUCGCACGAGUCUUUGCGACCGGGCGCUACUCCUCGAGCACUUGGACGCAGCAGCACGGGCUUUGAAUCAAAGGACGGUCGCGAAUCUAUUGCGGGCAGUGAGAAGCGGAUCCCUCGGUUCACACUUGGGAAGAAGCAGCAGGCCGACGACAAGGACAAGCAAGCAUCGGAUGAUCUCACGAAGAUGAUGACCCGCGCGAGCCACUUCAUGACAUUUGCCUCCAUCAAGAUGCCGUCUGUGGUUCUUUGCCUGAGCUACAAGGGCAAGGACCAGCGCAACUUUGAGGACGUACACGACUUUGUUUUCAGGAUGCCGACGAUUGAGUGGCAGAACAAGACGUGGUCGAACCUGGACCUGGCUUUGGCGCUCAAAAAGGCUGUGAUGAAGGCGCUCAUUUCUCACACGGGCGCUCUCAUCGGCAACAAGUUCUCCAAGCAUCGACCCAAUGCUGAGCAGCGCAACAAGCUCAGGGAGUUGGCCAACAGCUCUGUGCUGAUUGCCCCCUCGUCAUCGGGAGGCUCACAACACUACCCUGGCAGCCUCAACGACAGCGACGACUCUUCCAGCAUAUAUGGCUCCUCGCCAGUCGACUUCUCCCGCUCGCCGCCUCGCUCCAUCCGCGGCAGCACCCACAGCAGUAUCCCACCUUCUACCACAUCCCGCCGGCGAAGUCGCAGUUCGAGCGUUACCAGCCGCACGUCUCGUCGCAAUGGUGGUUCUGGAGUGCAUGGGCCCAACGUCCCGACUUACCUGAUGAUGACGCCCCCGACACCCAUCGAAGACAACCGCAGUUUUCGGCACAACCAAGGCAUGGAUCUUCUCCGGCCAGGAACGAGCAGCGGACACAGCACAGCGCCAACACAGAACCAUCAAGCCUUCAGGCGGAUGGCCACAGGCAUCGAGCGCCCCAUGACUAGCAUGAGUAAUUAUGAGGCUGGUGUGCGGAGGAAGAAUGGCACGAACAACCUCAAGGACAAGCUCAGCGCCCUCACGUAUCGCAUGAGCCAUCGUGACUCAAGCGAGCAGGAAGAUGAACCAGAAGCGGAGGAAGAGAUGCCUCCUCCUACGCAGCAGAGAACGAGGAGACUCAGCUGGGUCACGGGAAGAUCGAAGGGAUGA